AUGGCUCUGACGAGCGCGGUCGCCAACGCUGUUGCUGCCGCGGCCGCCGCCGGGGCAGGCAAGAAGGCCGCACAGGUUCAGUUGCAGGCCGAGCUCAACACCGACGAGGAAUGGAGCAAGUUCAUGCACAGAGAAGGAUUACUAGUGAUCGAUGUGUAUUCAGAGUGGUGCGGACCAUGUAUAGGCAUGGUGGGGAAUUUGAAGAAGAUCAAGGUGGAACUGGGAGGAGACAAUCUGCAUCUGGCGGUGGCAAAAUCGGACCAUAUAGAAUGCCUGAAGAGAUUCAGAAAACGCAGCGAGCCCACUUGGAUGUUCCUUGCGGGCGGACAGCUGCUGAAUGUUAUGUUCGGCGCUGAUGCACCACGCCUCACGCGGACUAUAGAACAAGAACUCCGCAAUGAAGAGCUGGUGAAGAAAGGCGAGAGGGAACGGCCCCAGAGAGCUCCCCACGAGCUCACGCCGCCUGAACAGGAAGUGGCUACAGCUCAGGACAAGGUAUAUCAAGAGCGGAGGCAAAAGGAAGUGGCAGCGAUAGAGUCGGCAAGGUUAGCUCGCCGUGAAGAGAGGGCGAAACGCCUCGAGGGCUAUUUCAACGACAUCUGCCCCGCUCUGAUGACGCCGCAGGCUCAGAAACAUUUGAGAAAAGUGUCUGAUGCUUUAGAACCGUAUGGAGUGAUAGUAGCAGACAAAUGUCCUCUUGUUGUGGGUAAAGACGGAGCUAAAAGGCUGGCUGUUGAAGACCCAGAGUUUGGUGAGGAAGCUGUUGUGGCUCUGCUAGCUGAGAGGCCAGCACUGGUGCUGUUGCUGAAGAAAACCCCGGACAAGGAAGGCAGUGUUGUCGAAUUAGCCCGACGUGCCUUGUAUGGGGACGGAGUCGAGGACGAGUCGGUCAGGAAAUAUCCCGCUGAAGAACUGUAUAUAGACGGCAUUCCUGGUCUGUUCGUACCGAAGGACAGGCACCAGAGAGCGGCUGCUUUAGAUCUACUCUUCCCGAAGAUGGUAGGGUCAGUGAUGGAGCCCCCAUCGCUAGCGGAGCCCCCGCAUAUCGCGAUGAUGUUCGGCGCAUGGCAGCGGCGCGCUGUUUUAGCUGCCGCCGGAGCACCCCACGUAGGCUGCAGACUUCUCCGCUGUGGUUUCUUUGCUGAUGCCGAUGUUAAGGAGCCGAAGCUGUUAUGCAAAACCGUCGAGAAGUAUGACGAGAAGGUGGACAAAGAUUAUUGCGAGACCAUGGUGGUAAUGGUAGCCAUGGGUCUAGCGGAGCCAGAACUGGCCGAGCCCAGUGAAAUACCGUCGGCCGGUCCGCCAGCCGAGCUGAUGGCCCUGGGACCGCUCCACGUGAGCGACGACACCGUCGUGGGCGAGGAGGAAUGCCUCAGGUUCUUCCCACCAGGGUACAACGAGCCGGAGGUCAAGCCGAAACCGAAAGCCAAGAAGAAAAAGAAGAAGCGCAACGAGACAAAAGAAGAAACGAUCGACUCGACUGGAGUGCCGGCCAGCGAAGCCGGUGAGGCAGAGCCGGGGGGCGAGGCGGAGGGGGAGGACGCCGCCGACGGAGAGGGCGAGCCCGACGGGGACGCCGAGGGGGAGGGAGAAGGGGACGGGGAAGGGGAGGGAGAGAACGAGGGGGACGCGCAAGGGGUGGACAAGGCCACGUCGCCUCCACCGGCCACCCCACACUGA